AUGGCAUCUGAUUCCGUCCCUACGGAGCCACUGCCAAAAUAUUUUUGCUUCAGAGGCUGCCACCCCGCAGACCGCGUCCUUUUCCUGUGCCCCUACCACUGGAGCCAGACCUGCCCCAAGAACCUCAAGACAUGUUUGUUCUGCGUCUAUCACGAGAACGAACCUGCACCGCUCUCUCCCGCCGCGCCAACGCCGGUGAAGUCGUUCCGUCUCGAUGAUCUUGAUGAAGCCUCGCAGUCGCAGACCUCACCGGACAGAAUUGUCGGCAUCGUCCCCUCAUGGCUGCGUGACGGCGUCGCCACCACCAUGCGCGCGCCACCCACGCCCCCGCUUGCCGUCCUGGACCCUGCCGUUGUCCUCACGGUUGAGAAGUGCCCGGGAGGCCGCAUCUACCAGAGCGCCAGCAAAACGUACUUUGUCAGCGAGGGCGACGAAGACGGGGAGGAUGUCACCAGUGACGACUCGUCCUUGUCGACGUGGCCUGACAGUAGCUUUGACGAUGAUAACAUGGAGAUGUCGUCCUUCGUGACGGCUCCUUCAGAGUACGUUUCUGACGGGUUUGAUCACGACGAGUCCGGCGAUGACGACCUGCUCCACAUGCGGACUGUGCUCGCUCGCGAGCGCGCCCAUCUGCUCAAGCUUGGCUUCUGCAGCGAGAGGCUGCAUGACUUGUACUAUGCCGCCGAGUUCAUCCUGGUGAGGUUGUAUGGCCAGUGGGACGAAGAUCUCUGCCGGGGAUUCUACCUGCUCAAUGAGCAGAUUGACACUGAGAUUCUGCGACUCCAGAAGCAGGCAGGCCAAGUUUAG